AUGUCCAAUCUCGACGAGGACUCUGUGGACGAGAUCCUUUAUCUCGCACGCGCCAACGAAGCCUCCGAACUCGAGCAAUUUCUUGCAACACUCUCGACACAGAUAUCGAAACCGAAAGAUCAGAUAAUUGCAGAGGCUGCGGAUUCCUACUCGCAAAAUACAGCGCUGCACUAUGCUGCAGCAAACGGACACAAUGAUAUCAUCAAGCUUCUGCUUUCGACAAGUUCCACAAAACCAGCACCCUUCCUCAACUUGACGAAUGCUUCUGGCAAUACAGCACUUCACUGGGCGAGUUUGAAUGGGCACCUCGAGGCGGUGAAGCUGCUGAUUGAAGCUGGAGGUGACAUCACAAUCUUCAACAAGGCAGGGCAUGACGCUGUAUUUGAGGCAGAGGUCAACGACAAGAAAGAGGUGGUUGAUUGGUUGCUGGGGCAUGUUGAGGCGCUGGAAAAGAGCGUUGGCGGUGGUCCCAGCAACGGGGAGGGCAGCGCAGGGGCCGAUGAGGAUAUGGUUUUCAAGGCUGGAGAUACAAGUGGGCCAAUGGAGGAUGUCACAGAGAAGAUGGGAGAGAUGCAGACAAAGGAUACCCAGGAGAAAUGA